GGGAAAAAACAUCACCUUCUCCGUGAAAGUACUACAAAUCUGAAAUAUAUACACUUUCUAGAUAUGGCCUCUGACAGCAGUCUCCUGUCUCAAGAUCAGUUCCUGUGUUCUGUCUGUCUGGAUGUGUUCAUUGAUCCAGUCACCAUACCAUGUGGACACAACUUCUGUAAAUCCUGUAUCACACAGCACUGGGACAAUAAUGAAGAGUGUUGGUGUCCCAUGUGUAACAAGCUUUUCACAAACAGACCUGAAGUGCCAGUCAACACUCUGUUUCGUGAGAUGACCGUUCAGUACAGAGAGUCCAUUAGAGUGAAAGCCAGCAGCUGCCCUGACCAACAAUGUGCCAAACCAGGAGAAGUUCCCUGUGACGUCUGCACUGGGACCAAGAUCAAGGCCUUCAAGUCCUGUCUGGUGUGUCUGGCCUCGUACUGUGAGACUCACCUGGAGCUGCAUCAGAAAGUCACAGGUCUGAAAAGACAUCCGCUGGUUGACCCUGUGGAGAAUCUGGAAGACAGGAUAUGCAAGAAGCAUUACCAACCUCUGGAUCUGUUUUGUAAGACCGAACAGGUGUGCGUGUGUCAGUUCUGUAAUGACUCAGAACACAAGUUACAUCCUAUCGUUUCAUUGAAGGAGGAAUAUGAAGGAAAGAAGAGUCAGCUGGAUAAGAAGGAGGCUGAAGUUCAGCAGAUGAUCCAGCAGAGACAACUGAAGAUUCAGGAGAUCAAACAGUCAGUAGAACUCAGCAAAGAAGAUGCAGACAGAGAGAUAGCCCACAGUGUUCAGGUCUUCACCGUUCUGGUGAGUUCCAUUGAGGGAAGCCAGGCUGAGCUCAUUGAAAUUAUUCAAGAGAAACAGAAAAAAACAGAGACACAGGCUGAAUGCUUCAUUGAAGAGUUGGAAGAGGAAAUCAGGGAGCUAAAGAAGAAGAGCGCAGAGCUGGAGCAGCUCUCACACACUGAAGACCACCUCCACCUCCUCCAGAGCUUCUCAUCCCUCAAUACUCCUCCACAGACCAAGGACUGGACAGAGGUCAGUGUUUAUCAUCCAUCUUAUGUGGGGACUGUGAGGAGAGCUGUGGAGCAGCUGGAGAAGACAGUCAGCAAAGAGAGGGAGAAGCUGUGUGAGGCUGAGCUGAAGAGGGUCCAGCAGUAUGAAGUGGAUGUGACUUUAGAUCCUGAUACGGCACAUCCUGAACUCAUCCUGUCUGAGGAUGGAAAACAAGUAUAUUGUGGAGACAUGGUGAAGAAAUUCCCAGACAAGCCAGAAAGAUUCUCUCAUUGUUCUAUUGUCUUUGGAAAGCAGAACUUCUCCUCAGGAAGAUUUUAUUUUGAGGUUCUGGUGAAAGAGAAUACUGAGUGGGAUUUAGGAGUGGCGAGAGAGUCUGUCAACAGGAAGGGAAAAAUCACUUUGAGCCCAAAGAAAGGCUUCUGGACAAUAUGGUUAAGAAGGGGAAAUGAGUACAAGGCUCUUGCUAGCCCAGGCGUUAUUCUCGCUCUGAAAGAGAAGCUCCAGAAGGUUGGGGUGUUUGUGGAUUAUGAGGAGGGUCUGGUCUCCUUUUAUGAUGUAGAAGUUGGUGCUCAUAUCUACUCUUUCACUGGCUGCACCUUCACUGAGAGACUCUACCCAUAUUUCAGCCCCUGUAAUAAUGAUGGUGGUAAAAACUCUGCUCCUCUCAUCAUCUCUCCUGUCAACAAAGCCUGAUGAACACAACGGCGUGUGUGUGUACAUGUGUACACAUUGUGUCUAAAACGGUUAAGGAGAUAUUCUUUUUUUUUAAUGAUCAGGGUUCAUUUUUACUUUCUAUACCGGCUGUGCCUUUAGUGAGACACUUGCCACACUUUGGUCUCUGUCUUGUGAACGGUAGUAAAACCUCCUUAUCUACUGUAUUAUCGUCUCUGAUGUCCAUCAAAUAAACAAGGAUAACCACUGGAAGGCCAAAAGAAAGGAUUAAGAAUCAUUGGAGGUUACAAAUUUAUCUUUAAGGGUUAUUUGAUUUUUAUACAGGUAACGGCUACAGCUGUCCUACCGGGAAUAUUACUGUUUUUAUUUUUAUUAAAGCCAACUCUAUUUUCUGUAUUAUACACCACUGCAUAUAUGUUGGAAAAACUUAUAAUCACAUUUUGAUCAUCAUUUUAUUUGGUCUCAGCUUCGUCUUCAUUACUGAUAUACCUUAUUUUAAUGUAUGAAGAAUACAGAAUUUUACGUUGAGCAAAUCAACCUUGAUGUAAACAUACUGCCGAGAAGAAAGUACAUUUAUCAUUCAUUUUAUGAAUUACAUUCAUGUCCAUAUAUUUGUCAUAAAACCAGUUUGCCUGUGACCUUCAGUGUAUAUCCAGUCCAGUGAGUGGGAAAAACACUGGUGAGAUUGUCUCAAAUUGGUAAAUCAUGUCAAACUAGUGGAGUAGGUAGAGAAACUUGUCCUAACUGGUACCAUGUCUGACUUUGGAGGUGAACCGUUGUGAUAAUUAGAGAAACUAAAGUCUUUGUACGUGAGAACAGAAGGUUAUCAUGGAGGUCAGGAGAGAUGUCAUAAAGACUGCUUUCACCACAGACGAGUCUUUUUAUUCUCUGUCACUGACCACAGCGCCCUCUUUACAGUCCCGGCAAUAUGUGUACUGACUACUCUCUUAUCAAAUAU